AUGAUUCCCUUUCCUGCACAACACGAGAUCUUUCACGCAUACAUCGGAAGGAUCACCCCCCACUCAAGUCGUUGCAUUGCUAACAUGUGGCAUUCUGCCCAUUUUUUUCACGAAAAUUCUCUCUCUAUAAUGAAGACCCUUGUGCCCUGGACUCUGUAA